GAAAAUCUUUCUUAAAAGAGUUGAAACUCGGGCUCUCGAACUUUGCAGCGAGAUCAUGCAAAUGCACAAGUGAUGUUAUGGACGCUUUUCCUAUAGAAUUCGCGUUUGAAUGAAAUCUGCCGAACAGAGCAAUUAGGAACAUGUAAAGGAUGGAUUUAAGUUAGCUCUCACGCUAUACACGCAAUUGAGGUUAAUAAGGCUGCAGCGUCGGUGGCCUGUGUUAGAGAGGAGCAUAGUUCCUAGACUCAACAAGCACUAAAGAUAUUGAAUAGAGCAGACGAUUCUUCCUAAACAUUUAACCGAAAACAACAUGCUAAAUAUAAGGAUUGUCAAAGGUGGCUGCCGUGGACGUGAAGCCGUUAGGUUUGGAGUGGGGCUACGAGCAUGUUCCACACUGGUAAAAAGCAAAAUAAAUACACUAGCCAGACUGCAGUCAGCUUGUUACCCAUCCAGUGACGUUGCCGAUGACUUGAGCGACGAGAAAUUCCCUUCCGAGGAGCUGAAAAGCCCAGUUUGUUCAUACAACGAAUGGGAUCCUCUUGAGGAGGUCAUCGUGGGACGCGUCGAAGGGGCGACCGUGCCCAAGUUUUCCAUAGAAGUGAAAGCAAAUACCUAUGAGAAAAACUGGCCAUUUUUCAAUGCUUUUGGUGGCCAAUCGUUUCCGGUGGAACAUCUUGAAAAAGCGCACCUGGAAAUCGAAGAAUUCUGCAGCAUUCUACAACACGAAGGAGUAAAAGUUCGUCGACCUGAGCCAAUUGAAUUCUCAGAGGUCUACAAAACUCCGGACUUCCAAACAUCCGGGUUGUACGCGGCCAUGCCACGUGACAUUCUUCUCGUAGUUGGCGAGGAAAUCAUAGAGGCGCCUAUGGCAUGGCGGUCUCGAUUCUUUGAGUACCGCGCCUAUAGGUCCCUGCUUAAGGAAUACUUUAGGGGUGGUGCUAAGUGGACGACUGCUCCUAAGCCCCUCAUGAGCGACGACCUAUAUGAUGAGAACUAUACCAUACGGUCAGUGGAGGACCGCCAGAAGCUGGCUGCUCCAGGACAGUUUGUUACUACAGAAUUUGAACCCUGUUUUGAUGCCGCUGACUUCAUCCGAGCAGGACGUGAUAUAUUUGUUCAAAGGAGUCAUGUCACAAACAACCUUGGCAUUGAAUGGAUGAGGCGACAUCUUGGAGAGCGUGGAUAUCGUGUGCAUAAAAUAUCCUUUGAUGAUCCCAAUCCGAUGCACAUUGACGCUACUUUCAACAUCAUUGGACCCGGACUGGUUCUAUCCAAUCCUGAAAUGCCUUGUCAUCAGAUCGACAUGUUCCAUAAGGCUGGGUGGACUGUAGUCAAGCCACCCUUACCUCUUAUACCAGACUCACACACUAUGUGGAUGUCGUCCAAGUGGCUGUCCAUGAAUGUUCUCAUGUUAGAUCCGAACAGGGUCGUAGUGGACAAAAACGAGACAACUACGCAAAAGAUGUUCGAGAAUCUUGGAAUCAAAUGUGUUCCUGUCUCCAUCCGCUUUGCUAAUUCUCUUGGCGGAGGUUUCCACUGCUGGACAUGCGACGUCAGGCGUCGGGGAACCUUGGAGUCAUAUUUUUAAAUCUAAUAACAUGUCCUUUGCUGAAAUAAAACUCAGGGAAAUAAAACGUUUUUGAGUUAUA